AUGGUGCUGGAGGCUACUAUGAUCAUAAUCGACAAUAGCGAGAGUAGUAGAAAUGGGGACUAUUCACCAACCCGUUUCGGAGCUCAAGCUGAUGCCGUCACACUCAUUUUUGAGGCCAAAACCCAAGCAAAUCCCGAAUCUUCUGUCGGACUGAUGACGAUGGGUGGAAAAGGCCCGGAGGUGUUGGUUACGCUGACAACGGAUGUUGGGAAGAUAUUGACCGGAAUACAUGAUACCAAGAUAAAAGGAGGAACUCAUUUAACUACAGGGAUUCAGGUAGCAGGGCUUGCGCUGAAGCACCGCCAAAACAAAGCGCAACGUCAACGUAUCAUUGUUUUUGUCGGAUCGCCCAUCACCGAAGAUGAAAAGACACUUGUCAAGCUUGCCAAGAAGAUGAAAAAGAACAAUAUCGCGAUAGACUUUAUCAACUUUGGAGAGGUCGAUUCAGAAAAUACCACCAAACUUCAAGCCUUCGUUGAUGCCAUCAACUCUAAUGAUAAUUCUCACCUCGCUACAAUUCCUCCCGGCCCUCAUCUUCUCUCAGACCUUCUUGUUACUACUCCGAUCUUGGGCGAAGCCGGAAGUGCGCAAUCCGGUGGUGCGGGUGGUGAAGGUUCUGGUUCCGGAGAAGGUGCUGGGGCGUUUGAGUUCGGAGUUGAUCCUAGCUUGGAUCCAGAACUGGCUCUGGCGCUUAGAAUGUCUAUGGAAGAGGAAAAGGCUAGGUUGGCAAAAGAAGAGAAAGAGAAGGCAGAUAAAGAGAAGAAGGAAAGCGAAGGCUCGGGAUUAUCGGGAAUCAAAGAAGAGGAUGAGAGCACACCCUUGUUGAAGGACGACGAGAAAGACGACGGUGAAGGUUCGAGUGGGAAUAAGAAAGAUGACGAUAAAAUGGAUAUCGCAUGA